CACAGCCCUCCUUUUCCCUGGCUCCUGAGCUCUGCGUCGAAACCUGGUCACCCUUCACCUAUCUAGCUCCGUCCCAUCGGGGGGAUUUAUUACUGGCCGCCCUCCAUGUGCCCCCGGAUAAUAAAUCAGGGCAGAGCUAAAUCUCAACCGUCCCAAGUGUGGAGCGCAUAAAAGGAGAAGGGCUCUGGGAAGCCACAAGGCUUCUGCAGGUUCCCAAGAGAGCCGAGCACCCAGGCGAAGCAUGGACCAAGGGAGCAGAAUGCCUCGCUGGGGCCUCCUGCUGGUGCUCUGCGGCUCCUGCACCUUCGGUCUCCCCGCAGACUCUGGCGCCUUCAGACGGAUCUUCCUCAAGAAAAUGCCUUCGAUCCGGGAAAGCCUGAAGGAGCGAGGCGUGGACGUAGCCAGGCUUGGUGCUGAGUGGAGCCAGUUCACCAAGAGAUUCUCCUUUGGCAACAGCACGUCGCCUGUGGUCCUCACCAACUACCUGGAUACCCAGUACUAUGGCGAGAUCGGCAUUGGCACCCCACCCCAGACCUUCAAAGUCAUCUUCGACACAGGCUCAGCCAACCUCUGGGUGCCCUCCACCAAGUGCAGCCCUCUCUACACAGCAUGUGAGAUUCACAGCCUCUAUGACUCUUCGGAAUCCUCCAGCUACAUGGAGAAUGGGACGGCAUUCGCCAUCCACUACGGAUCUGGGAAGGUCAAAGGUUUCCUGAGCCAGGACGAGGUGACUGUGGGCGGAAUCACAGUGACACAGACGUUUGGAGAGGUCACAGAGCUGCCCCUGAUACCCUUCAUGCUGGCCAAGUUUGAUGGGAUUCUGGGCAUGGGCUUCCCUGCACAGGCUGUUGGCGGGGUUACCCCUGUCUUUGACCACAUCCUCUCCCAAGGGGUGCUAAAGGAGGAUGUCUUCUCUGUCUACUACAGCAGAAAUUCCAAGAAUUCCCACUUGCUCGGAGGAGAGGUUGUGUUGGGAGGCAGCGACCCCCAGUAUUACCAAGGGAACUUCCACUACGUGAGCGUCAGCAAGACUGGCUCCUGGCAGAUCAAAAUGAAAGGGGUGUCAGUGAGGUCAGCCACCGUGGUCUGUGAGGAGGGCUGCAUGGUCGUGGUGGAUACUGGCGCAUCCUACAUCUCGGGUCCCACCAGCGCCCUGAGGCUGCUCAUGGAGACCUUGGGGGCCAAGGAGCUGAGCACAAACGAAUACGUCGUGAACUGCAAGCAGGUGCCUACACUCCCGGACAUUUCCUUCCACCUUGGAGGCAGAGCCUACACGCUCACCAGCGCAGACUAUGUGUUAAAGGAUCCCUACGGUAAUGAUGGCCUGUGCACUCUGGCCCUCCAUGGUCUGGAUGUCCCACCGCCCACCGGGCCUGUCUGGGUCCUGGGCGCCAGCUUCAUCCGCAAAUUCUACACGGAGUUUGAUCGCCAUAACAACCGCAUUGGCUUUGCCUUGGCCCGCUGAGGCCCUCUGCUGCCCCGGUUGGACCCUGCCUUCAGCCCUAGCCUGGAGCUAGAGCACUCUCUUGGACACUCCCCUGCCUGUGCCUGUGCUCUCACGCAGGGGCGCGGGGUGUAGAGCUCCUCCCAGACGCUCACCCUGCCUCCAGCAUCAGCUCUUCCCUGCUUUGAGAACAAACAGAAGAAUAAAGACUUCAUGUUCACAA